GUCCACUUCCCCCCCCACCCCCUCUCUCUCUCUCUCUCUCUCUUCUUAAUGCUUUAUUAUCGUUACUAUUUCAAGUGCGCAAAUGCCGACGAAUCGACAGGGGCCCUCUCCCCCCCCCCCUUCAUCUUGAACACCACGUUAGUGUUGGAAGUUUCACUAUUUGACACCGGGAACAUCUCCUACUUCGAUUCCGUUUAUCAGAUCGUACAGUCCAAGGACGGAACGAAGUUGUUCUAUGCGGAAGAGAUGUAUAUGCAGGGUUCCUCCUCUUCGGGGUCGAUGGUGGGUAAGGUGACAGUGGUGCCGAUAAGCGAGAAGACGAUGACCAUCACCUCAGAGACUAGCAUUCUAGCGGGAACAGACCUAGGAGGUGUAGAAGAUGGUUCUGGAUUAGGAGUGCGGUUCCGUAAGCCAGCGGGGAUGUCCCUGAGUGGGGACGGCAAGUCUUUGUACUUAGUCGAUCAAGAGAGCGAUGCUGUCAAAGUGAUUGCCACGGAUACGGGGCAAACCCGUACCCUAGUGAAGGGAGAGCCCAUAGCUGGGCCAUUGGCCAUUGCUUCCCACCCCUCCCAACACCACCUCCUCUUCAUCUCCACGGAAUUCAACAUCUGGGAACUAAAUAUAGCCACCAAGGCCUUUCGAAUAGCCGCCGGCGCGGCGCGUUUCGGCUAUUCCUCCGUUAGUCAGGAGAGAAGCACGGAGGUAGUUGUAGACUCCCCGCAGCUGAAUAGCCAAGCUCUGUCUAAGGACGGCUUAAUGCUGUACACAGCGGAGAUGCCGGGUGUGAUCAGGAGGUUGCGCGUGGGUAGAGGAGAUAUGCAGACGGUAGCAGGAGAAAUGCAGUUCAGGGGGGACAAAGACGGGCGCCCGUUGAAGCAAGCGUUGUUCUCAGCCCCCAUGGAUCUGGUCUUGACCGACGAUGGGUGUACACUUUUUGUGGCCGAUUCCGCGAACGGAAAGCUGAGAAUGAUCAGCUUCUUCUCGCCUCACGGUGAGGCCUCGUCUGUCCAGUCGCUCGUCCGUCUGCCCGAUGGCUUCGCUAGCCUCAGUCUCUGCCUCUCUCAAGAUGAGCAGUACUUGCUUCUGGGAACCAACGCCAGCCGCAUUUACCGGAUCCAUCUUAAUCGAACGGUGCUCAACCCUGAUUGCCUUGGCAAUCGAGAGGAGGAUAAGAGUGACACGACCUCGAGGAAGAGGACUGUGAUGAUCGCCGCCAUCGCCGGGUCUGUGUCGGCCUUGGUCAUCGUUGCCGGCUUAGCAGUCGCAGUCAAGAAGUUUACAGCCGCACGAGAGAAGGCCGAGAUUCAGACGGACGCUGUCUCCAGAGCAGCAGCAGAUAGAUUAAAGAAACUGUCUCACACUGCACUCAAUCAAGGUGGUGCUCCUCCUGAAUCUACCGGUGUUUGAUGUCAGUAUCAGGGUGUUAAAGAUGUCAAGUUCAGCUCGGUAAUCAGACAUGGUGGUCGUUGUGUUUGUGUGUUUUUUGGGUGGUGGGGACCACUUCUUCGAUUGGUGCGUGGCGCGAACUGUCUCCAACUGCACUCAAAUCACGGUGCGCCGCUCCUCCUGAAUCUUCGGGUGUUUGAUGUCAGUAUCAGGGUGUUAAAGAUGUCAAUCUCAGCUCGGUAAUCAGACAUGGUGGUCGUUGUGUUUGUGUGUUUUUUUGGUGGUGGGGACCACUUCUUCGAUUGGUGCGUGGCGCGAACUGUCUCCCAACUGCACUCAAAUCAAGGUGCGCCGCUCCC